AUGCCCCAGAUACCCGCUUUUCUGAAAGCCCUCUCCCUCCUCCGCCUCUCCCCCGAUGACCUCUCCGUCUACCUCGCCCCCGACCUCGACCUCCUCGACCCCCUCGACUCCCCCGACCUCCCCGCCAUGCCCCUCUGGGACCAGCUCACCUCCUGGCCCGACGACGACGGGCAGCCUCCCUCCUUGACCUUCGCCAGCAUCGCGCGAGCCAGCGAGGGCGAGGGCGAGGGCGAGGCCGGGAGGGCGGGGGCGCGGGGGAAGGGGAGGUACGCGCGGGAGGCCUGCCAGUUCUGCCGGCAGCGGAAGCUCAAGUGCGACGAGCGUCGGCCAUGCGGGCAGUGCGUGCACUUGAAGACGGAGUGCGUGAGUCAGGCAGGGCAGCGGAGGGGGCGGAAGCCGAGGAGACGAGGAGGGACGGGGGCAGAGCCAACGACGGAUGCGAGGGGGCAAGCCGGCGGCUGGAUAGAGGGAAGCGAGGAGCUGACCGAGAUAGCGGAGGGCUUCUUGGUAUAG